CUGGAGACCUCUAGGCCAGUUACCACCUCCUUCUUCAGCCAGUCAGGACCGCACCAGUCCACGGGGCAGUGCCAGAUCCACUUCUCCUCCUCCUCCAGGACACACAGCACAACCAACAGUCUGCAGCUCUGAGACACCGGGCACCUCGAAGCCAUAUAGCCGCCGGGUCCCAAUCCACGAGGCGUGGAGCCCUCAGUUUGUGUGGCUUUUAAAUUUUAUUUUAGCUAAGGAAUCGCUGCAUAACACCGUAUCAUAACAAACGUGAAAACAUUUUCGGGGAGAUGUUGGGAACACUGGUCUGGAUGCUCGUGGCUGGCUUCCUGUUGGCGCUGUCACCAGGCCGGGCGGCGGGCGCGCUGAGGACGAGCAGGCGCCCGGCGCGGCCGCGGGGCUGUGCGGACCGGCCCGAGGAGCUCCUGGAGCAGCUGUAUGGGCGGCUGGCAGCGGGCGUGCUCAGCGCCUUUCACCACACGCUGCAGCUGGGGCCCCGCGAGCAGGCGCGCAACGCGAGCUGCCCGGCAGGGGGCAGGCCCGCGGACCGCCGCUUCCGGCCACCCACCAACCUGCGCAGCGUGUCACCCUGGGCAUACAGAAUUUCCUAUGACCCGGCAAGGUUCCCUAGGUACCUGCCUGAAGCCUACUGCUUGUGCCGGGGCUGCCUGACUGGGCUUUUUGGGGAGGAGGACUUCCACUUCCGCAGCACCCCAGUGUACAUGCCUGCUGUCAUCCUGCGCCGGACCUCUGCCUGUGCGGGCGGUCGCUCAGUGUACAUGGAGGACUACGUCACCAUCCCAGUGGGCUGCACCUGUGUCCCUGAGCAGGAGAAGGACACAGACAGCAUCAACUCCAGCAUCGACAAGCAGGGUGUUAAGCUUCUUCUUGGCCCCAACGGCAAGCCGUCUAGCCCCUGAAGAACAUCUGGGAAGGGUUGGGGGAAGACUUGGUCAGCCACCUGUGCACAGUACACGUGCAAGGAAAAUGGACCCAGCCCAAUAGGAGCAGUCUUUCAAUAUAGAAUAGUUGGCAGGUUAUCUGACCCAGGUAUUCCUUGGUUUUAUUCUUUUUUUUUAGGCAAAAGUGGGCACAGAAUUAUUAAAGGCUGAUGGGAAGAUGACCAGGUACAGGGCAUCCGUGUGGUACUGGCAUAAGGCCAGCCACACAGAACUCAGUAGCAGGCAAGUGGCUUUGGAAAUGGUUUCUUCAGGCUUCCUGUGAUUGCAGCAGUGUGUAUGGCUGUGUGUGGCUCAACAGUUGGGUGGUUGAUCCAGGAAGGAGAUGCAGAUACAUAAGUUUUCUUUAAAAUCUUUUUUUAAAAAGUAGAGUACAUACUACUUUUUAAAGCAACUGUUUUGAAUAGGAGCAGAAACUAUUUUUAUAUUAGCAAUUUAGAGCAACUAUAUUUAAUUUUUUUAUUUGACAUAUAAGCAAUAUAUAACAUUGUUUUCCUCUGGACUCAUCAGAUAAACUCUUUUCAGCUUGCAUGUGGCCUGGGGCUUUGAAUUCAACCUGCCCGCCCUUGGCUGACAAUAAUGAAAUGGACAUAUCUGAAUUUGACCUAUUCUUUCUUCCACUGAAAGUCUUCACAGGCCAACAGAUGAGCAGAAAGGAUGCCUAGAAGUGAAUUCCACAAAUCCAAACUUGUUUUUAUUCAGGAGUACAUAAAUGGUUUCAGACCAAUAAUAACUUAAAUUUUUCUCAUUAUUUUGUUGUUGUUGUUUGUUUGUUUUUAUUUUUGAAAGCCACAGUUGUCAAUUUCUGGACAAAAAAGUGGAAUAUGACAUCUUUGCCAACUCUCAGGAAGAAUCCUAUCCUGUAUUGGCUUAGUUAAGACCAGGCCAGUAUGAAGGAAAUGUGGGCCAAAUUAGAAUUUCCAGAGAUCAAUGUUGAGGUUUAUCUUACUUUUCUAUUUAGGUUUAAAGUCUGUCCCUGAAUGCAAUUAUUUGUAAAAGUUUUUUUUUUUUUUAAUGAUUAAAACAAUUGUAGAUGGAAGUUAUGUUGGCUGUGUGC